AGAAUUCGGGCGUUGACAUUCCGCUGACAGAUGUAAAAAAGCACUUGUGUCAGAGAUUCUGCUUGUGUACGCAAUCUUCGUCCCUUGGUCGGUGUUGUAUAAGGAAAAUAUAAAUUGUUCUCAACGAGUUCUUAUCAUUGUUUAUAUAUAUUGUUGCUGUUGUUAUGUGUUAAUUAUCAAUAUGUCAGUUAAUCUGACCAAAAAUAAAGACUCGCUUGUUGCCGCAUGGCGAAGCGUCGUCGACGACAAAUCAUCCACCGAUUGGGCUGUAUUCAGCUACGAAGGGCAGAGCAAUGAUUUGAAGGUAGUUGCUACAGGAGAUGGAGGGCUUGAAGAAAUGAUUGAGGAACUUAACAGUGGAAAAAUAAUGUAUGCCUUUUGUCGAGUCAUCGACAAGAAAACAAGCCUUCCGAAAUGUGUUCUAAUCAAUUGGCAAGGUGAAGGGGCGCCGAUAGUCAGAAAAGGAACAUGUGCUAACCACAUCAGGGAUAUAGAGAAAUUGCUGAAAGGGGCUCACGUUACUGUAAAUGCACGUACGGACGAGGAAGUCGAAGUUGACCUAAUAAUGGAUAAAUUAGCACGUGCCACAGGUUCUAGUUACAAGUUCAACGAACCAAGAGGUGAGAAUGGUGGACAAAUCGGCCCAGUGGGGACUACAUACCGCAGGGUAAUACCUGAGCAAGAGAUAAAUGCCAGUGAGAGAGAUCAGUUCUGGCAGCGAGAGGAACAGGAAGAAAAACUAAGAUUGAAAGAAGAACGUUCGCGGCGAGAGCAAGAACGUCAAAAACUUGAACUUGAACGCCGUUCUAGAGAGGAAAAAGAGAGCCAAUUCAGAGAUGCCCAGGUCACGGCAAAGGAAAGUAUGGUCUCAAAACACCGGCAGGCAGAAUUGCGAGCUCAAGAGAUAACGAAUCUACGUAACCAGCAAAACACAGUGGUACAACAGAGCACGGAUUCAGAUGAAGAACGAAAAUCACGUAGUGAGGAAUUGCGUAGACAACGUAGUAAAGAAACUCAGCAGCUCAUUGCUCAACGAACAAUAAAUGCAAGAGCUGUUUUUGAGCAAAACACCGCUGCCGGUCAAAUGAAGAAUUCGUUUGCUCAACAAUCAGGACCGCAAAAGACGAACGAUCCUGAAGUACCACUAGCAGAGUCUAAUGGCAGUAUUCAAGGGAACGAAACUUUGGCCAAAGUAAAAAUCGAGCCGCAAAUAUCUGUCGAAGCUCCGAAAGAACAAGUCAAAGAAGAGGAAUCGAAGAUUGAGGAUUCACAAGUCGAUGCUCCUUCAACAGAAUCUAUUUCCUCUUCCCUGCAAAGUCAAUCUAACAAAGAAAGUAAAUCCAACACAGCUGAAGAAUACCCUGCAGAAAUCGCAGCACUAAACGACCAGGAGACUGAAAAUGAACUUUACAAUCAGCUUGAAGAAGGUUCCUACGUUUAUUUUGACCCCAAUAACGAGGGAAUGAAAGCCCGGGCUCUGUACGAUUACCAAGCUGCUGAUAAUACCGAAAUUACUUUCGAUCCUGGGGAUAUAAUAACGCAUAUUGAUGCAAUAGAUGAGGGUUGGUGGCAAGGCUUAGGACCCGAUGGAACAUAUGGUCUAUUUCCCGCGAAUUAUGUAGAAGUUAUUGAGUAACUUUUCAGUUCGAUUAAACGCGUAUAUUGAAGCCCGUUAGCAGCCUGCUGUCUCGAACAACCAGGCGUUGGUCGAGACGUAAUAAUUUUAAAAUUAUGUGGAGAUAAUUUGUCCCUCAGAGGUCUUGAUUUCUCUAAUGACAUCUCUAGAGACAAUUUGGUCUUUGGAGUGGAUCAUCGGUUACUACCAAUAUUAUAAUAUAAUUGUUUUAUUCUUAUUGUAUUAAUAGUAUGAUACCCAAGUGAUUUUAAAGAAUAAAAUAAUCAUAUUUCCAAACGAAA